AUGCCUUUCUCUUCUGAGCAAUUCACAACCAAAUUAAAUACGUUGGAAGAUUCCCAAGAAUCUAUUUCCAGUGCCUCAAAGUGGUUGCUUCUACAGUAUAGAGAUGCUCCCAAAGUGGCAGAAAUGUGGAAAGAAUACAUGUUAAGGCCUAGUGUAAACACAAGAAGGAAGUUAUUGGGUCUUUACUUAAUGAAUCAUGUUGUUCAACAGGCUAAAGGUCAAAAAAUUAUUCAAUUUCAAGAUUCCUUUGGAAAGGUGGCAGCAGAAGUAUUGGGAAGAAUUAAUCAAGAGUUUCCGAGGGACCUAAAAAAGAAGUUGUCAAGAGUUGUGAAUAUACUAAAAGAAAGAAAUAUAUUUUCCAAGCAGGUAGUCAAUGACAUAGAAAGAAGUCUUAAAACCGAGAGCUCACCAGUGGAAGCGUUGGUGUUACCCCAGAAAUUGAAAGAUUUUGCUAAGGACUAUGAAAAAUUAGUGAAAAUGCACCAUAAUGUUUGCGCGAUGAAAAUGAGAUUUGACAAAUCAUCAGAUGAAUUGGAUCCAUCCAGCUCAGUUUACGAGGAAAAUUUUAAAACAAUAAGUAAGAUUGGGAACAUGGCUAAAGAUAUAAUAAAUGAAUCAAUUCUAAAAAGAGAAAGCGGUAUCCAUAAACUGCAAAGCACACUGGACGAUGAAAAAAGGCAUCUAGAUGAGGAACAGAAUAUGUUAAGUGAAAUAGAAUUCGUUUUAUCUGCUAAAGACCCAUCCAGAUUAAAUAAAAACGUUGAUGAAGACAAUAUUAUUCCUACGUAUGAAGUGGGGGAUGGAGAUGACGAUGACGAUGAUGGUGAUAAUGAUGAUGAUGAUGAUGAUGAUGAUGAUGACAAAAAUUACGAUGAUAGAUCCAAUGACAGCAAUUAUGGCGUUACUAAUAUUAGCACCACAGAUAAGAAGAAUGAAGUUGUAGAAAAGACAGAUAGCGAACAUAAAAACUCUACUCAUAAUCCUAGUGACAAUCAAUUUGGUAUGAAACGAACACAUGAUAUGAUAGGUCAUGAUGACGCUAAUGACAUACCGGAAAAAAAGGUUCAUCUUGAUUCGAAGACGAGUGAAGAUGGUACUUUCAACAGUGAGGAUGGACAUUAUGAGUUAGAUAUAGAAGGCCACGUCGGCGCCCAAACCGACGAAGGUGUUGAGAAUUCCGGAGGGGUUUCUUCUAGUAUACAAGACUUGUUAAGUAAGCUUGCAAAUUAA